AUGAAAUCCAUUAAUUUUGUCACCGGAAAUAAAAACAAACUCGCUGAAGUCCAGGCGAUUCUUCAAGACACUAUUGAGGUAAAGAGCGUAUCGGUUGAUGUACCAGAGCUCCAGGGAACAAUAGAAGACAUUGCAAGGGAAAAAUGCCGAAAGGCAGCUGAAGCCGUCAACGGGCCAGCAUUGACAGAUGAUACUGCGCUGGAGUUUAAUGCGUUGAAUGGCCUGCCAGGUCCUUAUAUUAAAUGGUUCCUUGAAAAGUUGGGCCAUGUCGGGCUUAAUAAAUUGGUGGAACCAUACGAGGAUAAAUCUGCUGUUACAGUUGCUACUUUUGCAUUCUGUGCAGGCCCAGGAGAAGAGCCAAUCCUUUUCCAGGGAAGGACUGAGGGCAAAGUAGUGCCCGCUCGUGGAUCAACCAAUUUCGGUUGGGACCCGAUCUUUGAGUAUGAAGGCCAGACGUAUGCUGAGAUGGAUCCAAAGUACAAGAACACGAUAUCCCACCGAUAUAAGGCGUUGAUGAAGUUGAAGGCGUGGAUAGAAGAGCAGAAGCAAAAGCAGCAGCAGUGA